UUUCGGUCGAUCGAAGUUAUUUUUCUGAACAGACUCUUUGUUUCUUCGAUUCUAAGACGGUGAUGUACUUGGUUGCCGUUAUGUCGUUUAUACCUCCCAAUAACGAUGACAAGUUUCGAAUAGAAUAUUGUGUCUCGUGUAACAUGAUGGCGAGAAUGUGUUGUUAAACGAGUGUGACAUAUAGUGAUACCCGAAAAAGACGUAGCGAUAAAUGCGACUUGGGCACGGAAUAUAUCUACGAAUCGCGAUCUUGCUACGUAUAUUAUAUCAAUUUAUCGUUUCGACAACGAAAUUAUUUACGUGCGAUUCCGAGUGUUGAUUCCCGCGAUAAUUAUCCUCGAAAGUUAACAAUGUAAAUCGAGAAGGAUUAUUUGGUGUGGAUUAAUAAAAAAUGAAAAGGUUUACGUCGUACGUCGGCGUUUUGCAACUUUUGCUGUCUUUACAACAUAUUCACCUCGUGUCAUCAGCCCCUACGUAUGAACAUGCUGCCCUCCAAGCCGCCGAUCAAUGCGACUGGAUUGGAAGCGGAGGCGGUGGACGAGGUGUACGACCCGUGUACCUUCGGUGUUCGAGGGGAACUGUACUUUGGAAGUAUCCACGCGGAGCUUUACGAGUAGUCCUCUCACCCCCGGUUUUGAUCGAGACCAUACCGAAAAUUCACGUAGAAUUCGUCGCAGGACGGGAUAGCAACGAUAACAACAACGUCGAUGAAAGCAUCAUAAAUAACAGCCGCAAUAUACCUCGAUUAUCCGGAUUUCGAGCGUGCACCAAAGUUUCCGGUCCUGUAAGAGUUUACUUAGAGACUCAUGGUAAACUUCGUUCGUUGUACACUCCACGAGACGGCAAGCACGAAGCCUCCCAUAGAUGUUUCUACGUUGCCGACAAGCAACCCGCGGCGCUAUACAUGGAAGCGGAAGAACAGCCCAUGUCCGUUGAACGUCGUGAUGUGAAGUUACAAUAUGAUUUGGAACUACGCCGAGUCGCCGACGGUCGAGAAGAAAAAUCUUGUCGACACGACGAAAAGAAGGAAGAGGAAGAGGAUUGCAGGCCGUGCUCCAUAGAGGAAUUGGCGAAAGCCUACUGUCAAAGCGAUUUAGUAGCCAGGGGUACAGUGAGCGCUGUACAGAAACAGCCGAAUUUGGAAGCUGCCGAACUCAUUGUCGGUAUAACAAAAACUUUGCGUCAAAUCGAAGAAAACGAGGCUAACAAUGAUGCGGACGUUGUCGGAUUGCUCGAUCGAAGAAGCGUGCAUGUCAGAGUGCCCACUGCCUGUGACGCGCGACACGGUCAGGGUGAGUUUGUGAUAAUGGCUAAACGAAGACUCGGUGACCUCGUUCUGGUAUGCGCGCCAAGGUUGGAAACUUGGGCAAUAACGGUUCGUGAACUGGAAAGCGCACCUUGUGUUCUUCGAAGUUAGCUUUGGAUUCUCAAUGAGAAAUAUGCCUGUAAAUAAACUAUAUUUUCUUGUUCUAUACUAUAUACGAAUAUCGAUCUCCGAACUGUGAUAUUGUUUUGUAAAAAUUUUAUCGUAAUGAAUAUAUAAUAUCUUUCCUGAAAUAGUCUCGAAUAACUCUCUGUACUUAACUUUGCGAUACGAAUCAUCCACAAUACUGUAUCAAUAUCUUCAAUAGCCAGCUAU